UCUAGCUCGGUCUGUCCCUGCAGUAGCGGCACCCGUGCGCUAUACCGUGCAAACGGUUCCACGUGUGUCAACGCCAACCUUCUCUCCCCUUGCCUCACGCUCCACCCUUGAUCGUCUCGUGUUCCACGCAGCGACGCCAUACCUAUGUCAAAUGCAAGAGCAAGGCUUCGACCUUGUCCAUCCUUCGUUGACGUCAAGACUGAGCUGCAGAAGCCGCACGUUCAUCGAGAAUACGGCCGUCAAGCACAACAGCAGUCACCGUGAAGAGACAGGAUGUGUCAAUGCCCGUCACCACUUUGAUGCUGCCACAGCCAUUGCUACGAGGCGGCAGCAGGCCGGUCUCACCUUCAUUUGUGCGACAUUGCGAUCCGUUGUUGCGACUGUGACUCACACGCCGCUCUAUGGCUCCCUAACAGUCUCCUACGCCAUGAGGGCGACUGCGCCGUAGUGCAAUCUGAGGGCUUCGUGAUCUUUCCGUAAAGCUGAACCG